AUGCACACUCCCAGCACCACCCAACAUGAUGUGCCAGCGCAGAACAAUGGGGAAUGCAAGCGGCAGCAGAGGAAAUAUCUCCGGACACAAUCUGCCGCGCGCCAACAGCGCCGACAGCAGCAGCAAAUCCCGACGAAUAGGAGCUUGCGGAUCCCAGGUGAAACAGUUAGCCACCAUGCAGCGUGGCGACUCAUUAUCUUUUAUCACCCAGUUUGUACUAUUGACUAUUUCUUCCUUGUCGCUAGACUUUUCAAGGAGACAGGGAGAGAGUGCUUUACAAUAAUUGAUCGUGCCAUAUAUUGGUUUCCAGUGCUAUAUCUUUGGAACAAUGACACUUGUAUUGUAUCCACACUCUUCUUCUAUUUGGGUCUUAUUUUGUCAGGGUGGAAGACGGCUUUAGAUGCGGCCGGGUUGAAAGACUUCAAUAAAGCUGAAUCUGUGGAAAUUUUGAAGAAACGCCAUUCACUGGGCAUUGCCCCUGGUGGCAGUAGAGAAGGAAACUUCAGUAAUGACUACAACAUAAUGUGGGGUAACCGCACAGGUUUUGCUCGGGUAGCUUUGGAGGCAAAAGUGCCCAUCAUCCCUAUAUUUACACAAAAUGCUUGUGAAGCAUACAGGAACAUUGGAAAACUCUUUUCCCUUUCAUACAUAGGGCUGACAAGAUGGUUAUAUGAGAAAACAAGACUUUUCUACCUUCCCGUAUAUGGAGGAUUUCCAGUGAAACUGAGGACAUAUAUUGGAGAACCCAUCCCAUAUGAUCCAAAUAUAACAGCUGCAGAGCUGGCUGAAAAAACAAAGACUGCAAUUGAAAAUCUUCGGGAUAAACACCAAAAAACACCAGGAAAUAUAUUAAGAGCUAUUUCAGAACGAUUUGAUAAGCAUUACAAAGCUAACUAGUCCAUAUAAAGCAGUUGUAAUGUUUAUGAUCAUGCAUCUGUAAUAGAAAACUGUCAUUAUUAUGUAAUUAAAGCGAAGUUAAGAUACACAGAAUUGUGCUGGAUUGUAUAUUAAUUAUUGUGAAGGGUCAUUAGCUCAUUAGCUCAGCCCUUGGUGUACAUGCUGAAGAGCCUAAGUGCCUUCUUGUCCUAUCCUGCAAAACUCCCAGAAUCCCCCUUUUGGAGUCUUACACUGGUAGCACCAGAAUCAAAGAGUGUAACGGGAAGGUGAGUGUUUAAUUGAACCUUGAAAUAAUGCUAUAUCUGAAAGAGUAAUGUCUACAAAUCUUCUGUAUCAAAACAGUGACACUUCUUUUAUGUUUAUAAAAGGCUGUUCCAAGAUCUGAGCCCUGUAACACAAAUCUUUCUGCAGAAGCUCUUGUGUAUGCUCAUUGAGUCUCAGGACUUGGACAGCAUAAUGAUGAUACUAAAACACUCACUUCCUGAACACGAACAUUGAAUACAUGGAGUAGGCUUUGCUAUCAAAAGCAAUCUUGUGAAGCUCUUGUCAAAAGUCCCUACCGGCAUUAAUGAACAACUUUCAACACUUUGAAUAAAACUCACCAAAAACCAACAGGCUACAAUUCUAAGUGCUUAUGCGCCAACAUAGGAUGUUGAUGAAGACAUUAAAGAUAAAUUUUACUAUCUGCUGGAUAUCAUCCUAUCAGAGACACCUAAGGAGGAUAAUGGGACACGGGUAGCGGUUCGAAGGUUGGCAGUUCGAAUCCCCGCAUAGAGAAAUGCUCGAAGGUUGGCAGUUCGAAUCCCCGCAUAGAGAAA